UAUCGGUUUAGUAACGAUCGUACGGCGGACGCGUUCACACGUUUCUCGCGAGAUUAUUUCAAACCAUUCCAUCCAAGUCAUAAGGUAGCUCUCGGUAGUUUGCGGUAGCAGCAACAACUAGACCUCGACCGGAAACCUCGCCGGGUGCGCCAUCUGUUAGCGCCUGUGACCUCGUAACGUUAGCGCAAAAAUAUAAGAAUAAACCAUAAGAACGAGCACUUAUCGAUCGUGCGACCUUCAAGCUCCAUAAAACUAACAGACAACAAGUAAAUAGUACGUUUAAAUUCAACGAACCACAGUGCUGCGGGGAUUGGCUGUGAGUUACUUCAAAGAGGAAAUCACCUCAGUCUGUUUCGAUCGGGCACCUUUGGGCUCAGGCUCUGUGUAGCAGUUCGUGGAUCGAGUUUCUUUGGGGAAUUGUGAAGUGCCCGGAUCUUACCUCCUAACUAUAUCCAAUAGCUAUAGCUGAAAUAAUACAUCAUUAAGUGAUAUUGUCCCCAUCUGCUCUGCGGUUACAUGAGCUAUCAUUGAGAAUCCACGGUUGACAUCGACAUUCUAGCGAGCAGUUCAACUAUACCGGGAAGAAUUAAGUGGAUUAUCUUUCACCCAUUCUACUGCGACGAACGAUAAAUAAACAACGAAGACUAAGGGGUUUCGAAGUGCAGUGUUUUGUUUUUUUUAGCUACAGUUGAUUAGUGCAAGGAUAUUCGUUAAAUUAUUUGUUAGAAAUACUGAAAAUUCAUCACCAUGUACAUGUACGAUCCACCAAAGAAGAAUAAUUUUACAUCAGUCGAAGAAUUCCAGGAGGCCUUCAACCUGUUCGACAACCGCGGCGAUGGCAAAAUCCAGCAGCAACAAAUCGGCGAGUGUCUGCGGGCGCUGGGCCAGAACCCGACCGAGUCGGACGUCAAGAAGUUCACCAUGCAGCUGAAGCCGGACGAGCGCGUCUCGUUCGAGGUGUUCCUGCCGAUCUAUCAGGCCAUUUCGAAGCAGCGCACCAUGGACACGGCGGACGAUUUCAUCGAGGGGCUGCGCCAUUUCGACAAGGACGCCAGCGGGUUCAUCUCGUCCGCCGAGCUGCGUCACCUGUUGACCACCCUGGGCGAGAAGCUGGCCGAUGAUGAGGUCGAGCAACUGCUGCAGAAUCAGGAGGAUUCCCAAGGCAACGUAAACUACGAAGAAUUCGUGCGAAUGGUUAUGAGCGGUUGAGCGCAGCAGCAUUCACUAGCCUAAGAAUGCCAAUGAAGAUCCACCAAUUUUCUAGUACUGUCAGUUUCCUGAGCGCGUUAAAAGUAUAAACAAUGUUAAAUGAAUCAAAUUUCAUCAGGAAAUUAAUUCAGGAUUUUCCUUCGGUUAUGUGUAGUGGUGCAUUUUAAUGUUACUUAAGCAUUUUGAUUUUUUUUCUUAAUUUGGAACCUGUUGAAGCAGCAAGCAAACAAAAAUCGAAAGUAUUAUUUCCUUUGAAUCGAGCCGCUUAUGGCAUUUAUUUUCACUUGCUUCAUUGUAAUCAAUUUGAUGAAACAUUCAAUAAAUCGUACACCGUAUGCAUUUCUUUCAGUUAUAAAAAAAGGAAACCAAUUUCUACAUCCAUAUUAAAACCUAUAAUUAUAUUUUAAUAAAACCCUAAUUUAUACACUAA